CAAAUCAUCCCUUUCGCAUUAUUACAACUAACGCAAGAAACAAUUCUUCGUGACUCUUGCAUAUUCAGCAAACUGAGAUUAGAAUAUUCAUUCAGUGCAGCGACUUUACCAAAGGUUAAUGUACCCAUCCUUGGCAAACAUGUAUCGACACAAGGCUGAUCAUUGUGCUUUCAGCACGCAUGAUGCGCUCGCUCUGGCUUGCUUCGCUUUUUCCCUUGGUAGCUGCCGACUGGCAAUUUAAGUCGCGUCCCGACCUAGCGCCUCCCAGGCUGAACAUCACCAUUCCUGCAGCGCCAGAUGUUGAGAAAGGUUAUCUCUUCGUUGCCCCUUUUGCAGGUUUUCCCGAUGAACCGGGAGAAAUGCAUGGCCCUCGUCAAGCGGCUCCUUAUAUCUUCCGCGAUGACGGAGAAUUGAUCUGGUCAGGCUAUGGCUAUUACUCCAUCUGGGCGACAAACUUCCAGAAGGCACGCUGGAAGGGCAAGGACAUUCUCUUCAGUUUUGAAGGAGAUCAUAAUGCGGGCUACGGUCAUGGCCAUGGUCAUACUACUAUCUUGGAUCAGCAUUAUGAGACCAUUCGGGAGCUGCGCGCUGGCAACCACAAAUUGACUGACAAGCAUGAAUUCCAUAUUAUAAAUGAGGAGACUGCUCUCAUCCAGAUUUACCAGCCUGUCCCAAAGGACCUCACGCGUUGGGGGGCAAGCCCAGAUCAAAAGUGGAUUGUGGAUGCUAUCUUUCAAGAGAUCGACAUUGAGACAAGAGAGCUUCUCUUCGAGUGGUCUAGCUUGGAACAUGUGCUUCCAGAUGAGGCAAUUCUGCCCAUCAAUCCCGGGCAAGCUGGGUCCGGGUACAACUCGUCCGAUGCGUGGGACUACUUCCACAUCAACUCCGUCGACAAAGAUUCUGAGGGCAACUAUCUCAUCUCAGCUCGUGAUGCCUGUGCUGUCCACAAGAUCAACGGCACCACAGGUGAAAUUAUCUGGCGUCUGGGUGGUAUCAAGUCCGACUUCGAUCUUGGACCCAACGUAAAAUUCUGCUUCCAGCAUCAUGCCCGUUUUGUCUCCAAGGACGGCGACAUAGAAGUCAUCUCCCUCUACGACAACUCCGCGCACGGGACCGAGAACGGCCGUGGCCAUGAAGUUCACACCCAUCCCUUUUCCCAGGGCAAGAUCAUCGAAAUCAACACAGCGACUUGGAAGGCAUCAAUUGUCCAAGCCUUCCACCCUCCAGAUGGCCUCUUAUCAAAAUCCCAGGGAAGCACACAACUCCUCCCCAACGGCAACGCGCUCGUGAAUUGGGGUUCCGAAGGCGCGCUAACCGAGUUUCGUCCUGACGGCACCCCAAUCUUCCAUACAUACAUGGACUCCGGUUUCCUAGGCUUAGGCGUCGAGAACUACCGUGGCUUCCGGUAUAACUGGACGGGUCUCCCCAAUGAGUCACCAGCCAUCGUCUCCCUCGAAAACGACCGGGGCACUACCGUGUACGUGUCUUGGAACGGAGAUACCGAAACCAAGGUCUGGCGCUUCUACCAUGUUACGGAUGAAUAUGGCUCGCGGCAGUAUCUGGGUGAGACAAGACGGAAUGGAUUUGAGACUUUCUUUUCUCUCGAUGGCCGCACUGUCCACGCGGUGUCGGCUGAAGCUAUUGGCGCUACUGGUCACGUCCUCACUUCGACCGGUAUUGUGAAGACGGAGGCAGAGGUUUUGCCGCCUGCCAAUGUCGCUGGGCUGUCAUCGUCCGUUUCGUUUCUUGACAAUAUGCAUCAGGCCUUUUUGGGUCAAGGUCACUGAUAGGAUUGCAAGGUGCUCAGGGUCGAUCACUUCCGUAGAGAUUGGUAUGUUUUUAUGCAACUGGUAUAGUAUUGGAAAGAAAGGCACAAUAAGC